CCCAGAGCUGGUUUGCCUGUUUGCUCUUUCAUUCAGACAACAGGACUUUCACCAGUUGGCUGAUAGAUAGUUGGGAGAAGAAGCCAAAAUAUGACAUCACAGCCCUAUUAUAAAAAGUCAGACAUGAAUCCCCAAAGUGUUAAACAAGAGGCAAAGCUGUCUACAGCCCUUCAGUCCACCUGGUAACCUCAGGAGAAGGUAGAUUCCUACUGGUGCUUGAAGAUCUUGAAUAAGUGAGCCAGCAAGAAUCAGCACCAUGGAUAACACCCAGUCAAAACAAUUUCCAAAAGAACUUGACGAAUUGAAGGAUGCUUUGGCUAAAGGCAAUAUUCCAGACUCUGCAGCUAAAAUUAAAGAGGAAUUGGAUUUACUCGAAAGGACCACACUUAACAUUGCCAUCACGGGAUUGUCAGGUGCUGGUAAAUCAUCUCUUGUCAAUGCCCUACGGGGUAUGACAGAUUAUGAAGAGCGCUCAGCUAAGACUGGGGUUACAGAAACAACAAAGCAUCCAAUGGGAUACCCACAUCCUGUUUUCCCCAAUGUCACCAUAUGGGAUCUACCAGGAAUUGGAACAUCUAUGUUUAAAGUAGAGAAAUACCUAAAGCAGGUAGGAUUUGACAACUAUGAUUUUUUCAUCAUCGUUGCUAGUGACCGAUUCACUGUGCAUGACAGCAGACUGGCCCAUGAAAUAAAGAAAUUGAAUAAGAAGAUCUACUAUGUGCGCACAAAACUAGAUGUCAGUUUAAAUUCUGAAGCGAGGAAACCCAACUUCAAUGAAAUGCAAACCCUUAAGAGGAUAAGGGAAUAUUACUGUGGAAAUUUGGAAAAAGCAGGAGAGAGUUCUCCAAGAGUUUUUCUAAUAUCGAGAUGGGAUUUGAGCAAGUAUGAUUUCCCCCUCCUGCUACAGACCUUGGAGAGUGAACUGGAAGGUAUCAAGAAAGAAGUUCUGAUUAUGGCUAUGCCGACUUUCUCAAAAGAAAGCAUUAGAAAGAAACAGCAAACUAUGGAAAGUCUUAUAUGGAAAGUAUCCCUUCUCUCCUGUGCUGUUGGGUUGACUCCUGUCCCAGGCCUUUCCCUUGCAUGCGACAUUGCCAUCUUGGUGAAAACAAUGAAAGAUAUGUACAAGGUCUUUGGCUUGGACGACGAUUCUCUUCGUAUGCUUGCGCACCAUGUUGGCAAACCUUUUGAUGAGUUGCACUCUGCAAUCAAAAAUAUCCCAAGUGGUGGUGAGAUCACCAUUCAAUUUGUAAGGGAUAGUUUGAAAAAAUCACUGUUAUGGGGAACACUGACAGUGGUAGAGCUGGCUCUGGAUUUUGUACCCAUUGUAGGCUCUGUGUUUGGGGGAGCUAGUUCUUUGGCAAGCACUUACUGCAUACUGAAGAGCUUCCUGAGAGAUGUUGUGAAAGAUGCUGAGAAUGUUCGGGCAAAAGCUUUUGAGCGUUAACUGUGAAC